AUGAGUGCGGCGCUUCCAUCAAUCCAGCUUCCUGUCGACUAUAACAACUUGUUCAACGAGAUCGGUGAUUUCUUGGUGACUUUCAAGCACGACACGUUAUCUGCUCAGGAACCACAACAUGAUGAUGAAGACGAAAACAUGGAUGCUGAAAACAUUGAGCAAGAUCUAUUAGAAAAGGGUCCUAAAUAUAUGGCCAUGCUUCAGAAAGUCGCCAAUAGGGAAUUGACUUCUGUUGUCGUCGAGUUGGACGAUAUUUUGCAGUUUCAGAACGAGAAGUUUCUGCAGGGCACACAAGCGGACGAUCUUGUGUCUGUCAUCCAGCAAAACGCCAGCCACUUCACUGAGCUAUUUUGUCGCGCCAUUGACGAUAACAUGCCCCUGCCAACAAAGGAAAUCGACUACAAGGACGAUGUUCUUGAUGUUAUCCUGAACCAAAGAAGAUUGAGGAACGAGAAAAUGCUCUCGGACAGGACCAAUGAAAUCAGAAAUGAAAACCUUAUGGAUACGGCUUCGGAUCCACCUUCCUCCAUGAAUGAUGCGUUGAGGGAAGUCGUCGAGGAUGAGACUGAAUUGUUCCCUCCGAACUUGACUAGACGCUAUUUCUUUUAUUUCAAACCACUGUCACAAAAGUAUGCUCGUCGUUACAGGAAGAAGGCAAUUAGCUCUAAACCACUAUCUGUCAGGCAGAUCAAAGGUGACUUCCUAGGUCAACUGAUAACCGUCAGAGGUAUCAUCACCAGAGUGUCGGAUGUCAAGCCGUCUGUCGAAGUUAUCGCUUAUACGUGUGACCAGUGUGGCUAUGAAGUGUUCCAAGAGGUUAAUUCCCGUACUUUCACUCCACUGUCCGAAUGUACUUCUGAAGAAUGUUCGCAGAAUCAAACAAAGGGCCAACUAUUCAUGAGCACAAGAGCUUCCAAAUUUAGCGCCUUCCAAGAGUGCCGGAUCCAGGAGUUAUCACAACAAGUCCCGGUGGGCCACAUCCCUAGAUCCCUAAACAUUCACGUCAACGGGACACUAGUGAGAUCAUUAUCGCCUGGUGAUAUCGUCGAUGUCACCGGUAUCUUCCUACCUGCUCCUUACACUGGUUUCAAAGCUUUAAAAGCUGGUCUGUUAACGGAAACUUACGUGGAAGCACAAUUUGUUCGUCAACACAAAAAGAAAUUUGCCUCUUUCAGUUUGACCUCUGAUGUGGAGGAAAGAGUGCUGGAACUAAUUGCCUCUGGGGAUGUUUAUAAUAGGCUGGCGAAAUCUAUUGCACCAGAAAUUUACGGUAAUUUGGAUGUCAAAAAGGCGUUGCUUCUGUUACUAGUGGGGGGUGUUGAUAAAAGAGUAGGUGACGGUAUGAAAAUCAGAGGUGAUAUUAAUGUCUGUUUAAUGGGUGAUCCCGGUGUUGCUAAAUCGCAAUUGUUGAAAGCCAUUUGUAAAAUAUCACCAAGAGGUGUCUAUACCACCGGUAAAGGUUCUUCAGGGGUUGGUCUAACCGCGGCGGUCAUGAAAGAUCCAGUUACAGAUGAAAUGAUCCUGGAAGGUGGUGCGUUAGUGCUUGCCGAUAACGGUAUUUGUUGUAUUGACGAAUUUGACAAGAUGGACGAAAGUGACAGGACUGCAAUCCAUGAAGUCAUGGAACAACAAACCAUCUCGAUUUCCAAGGCUGGUAUCAACACGACUUUGAAUGCAAGAACCUCGAUCCUAGCGGCAGCCAAUCCUUUAUACGGUAGAUACAAUCCCAGACUAUCGCCACUUGAUAACAUCAAUUUACCCGCUGCUUUGCUUUCCAGAUUUGAUAUUCUCUUCCUAAUGUUGGACAUACCCAGUAGGGAUGAUGAUGAAAAAUUAGCCGAGCAUGUCACAUACGUGCAUAUGCACAACAAACAACCCGAUUUGGACUUUACUCCAGUCGAACCCUCCAAGAUGAGAGAAUACAUCGCCUAUGCCAGGACCAAGAGACCCGUGAUGAGCCAAAGUGUAAACGAUUACGUGGUGCAGGCAUACAUCAGGCUAAGACAAGACUCCAAAAGAGAGAUGGACUCUAAGUUCUCAUUCGGCCAAGCCACUCCAAGAACUCUGCUUGGUAUUAUUAGACUAUCUCAAGCUCUGGCCAAGUUGAGACUGGCUGACAUCGUAGACAUAGAUGAUGUGGAAGAGGCCUUGAGAUUGGUCAGAGUAUCAAAAGAAUCAUUGUACCAAGAAACUAACAAAUCCAAAGAAGAUGAAAGCCCCACCACGAAAAUCUUCACAAUCAUCAAAAAAAUGCUACAAGAAACUGGCAAAAACACACUAUCAUAUGAAAACAUUGUUAAGACUAUAAGGCUAAGAGGAUUCACCAUGUUGCAAUUGAGCAACUGUAUUCAAGAAUAUUCGUACCUAAACGUUUGGCAUUUGAUCAACGAGGGUAAUAAUUUGAAGUUCGUGGACGAUGGUACCAUGGACACUGAUCAGGGAGAUUCAGAUAUGGGCACGCCAAAACUCGCCCCACAGGCGGCCGCUUCCGCCGGCAUUACCGCCCCAGAUUCCGAUAUCGAUCUACAGGAUGCUUAA